GCGGGGCUCCGCGCUCCCGGUCUGGAGUCUGCGAGUGAGUGUGAGUGAGAGAGAUAGGGCUGGACAGUACUUCAGCCAUAUUCCACGCUACUACCACCAAGCUCUGUGCGUUGGCCGAAGAAAAAAAAGGUGGCUCCCGUGGCUGUAAAAGGAACUGGUGUUCCUGAAGAUCCCUACGAAACUCAGCGAUUUGGAAUCCCCGCAUAUUUUUUCCAUCAUUCUUGUUCGCAGCCGGCGGAGCUUCAACGCUUGGUCGACGGAAGAAACUAACGAGCGAAGAGAUCUCCAUUUCUCCAAAGUGGAAAGUGGAGAUUUGUUUGGGAUUAAAGCAAAUGGGACCGGUUGGACGCUGAAUCGGAGGGAAGCGAACAUGGUGGCGACUGGAACAGUCCCGAAAAAGUCUGGGCCAUAGGACAGAAUUUUAACAAAAUGUCGGAUUUAUUCUAGUUGGAGGACUCCGGGACUUUAGCAGUAAACCUCGGGUAGAUAAAUCCAUUUUUUCUUUUUUUUUGUGUGUGUGUGUGUGCUUGCGGGAGAAGGGGGAGGAAGGAGAGAAGAGGUGGAGGAGGAAUUUGUCGGGGUGCCUUUUCUCCAAGAGAGGGAGCGGUGACUUGGAUUCAAGGAAAAUGUCAGCGAAGGUGAGGCUGAAGAGGCUGGAACAGCUGCUGCUGGACGGCCACCAGAAGGGCGAAAGUUUCCUGAGUGUGGAAACGCUUCUGGAUAUCCUGAUCUGUCUGUAUAACGAAUGCAGCAACUCGCCCCUUCGGAGGGAGAAGAACGUCUCUGAAUUUCUGGAAUGGGUGAAGCCGUUUACCACCACUGUGAAGGAUAUGCGGCUGCACCGGGACGACUUCGAGAUGCUGAAGGUGAUUGGCAGAGGGGCAUUCGGAGAGGUUGCCGUGGUGAAGAUGAAGCAGACAGAGAGGGUGUACGCCAUGAAGAUCCUAAACAAGUGGGACAUGCUGAAGAGAGCCGAGACGGCUUGUUUCCGUGAGGAGAGGAACGUGCUGGUUCAUGGAGACUGUCAGUGGAUCACAACGCUACACUAUGCCUUCCAGGACGACAACUACCUGUAUCUGGUGAUGGAUUAUUACGUGGGUGGGGACCUGCUGACUCUGCUUAGCAAGUUUGAGGACCGUCUUCCGGAGGACAUGGCGAGGUUCUACGUGGCCGAGAUGGUCCUCGCCAUCCACUCCAUCCAUCAGCUCCAUUACGUGCAUCGGGACAUUAAACCGGACAACGUGCUGCUGGACAUGAACGGCCAUAUCAGGUUGGCAGAUUUCGGCUCGUGCCUGAAGAUGAUGGACGAUGGGACGGUGCAGUCUUCAGUUGCGGUCGGCACACCGGAUUACAUCUCCCCAGAGAUCCUGCAGGCCAUGGAGGACGGCAUGGGGAAGUACGGGCCCGAGUGCGACUGGUGGUCGCUGGGGGUUUGCAUGUACGAGAUGCUAUAUGGCGAGACGCCCUUCUACGCAGAGUCGCUGGUGGAGACCUAUGGCAAGAUCAUGAACCACGAAGAGCGCUUCCAAUUCCCGUCCCACAUCACGGACGUGUCGGAAGAUGCCAAGGACCUGAUCCAGCGGCUCAUCUGCAGCCGGGAGCGACGCAUGGGCCAGAGCGGCAUUGAGGACUUCAAGUGCCACCUGUUCUUCAGAGGUGUGGAUUGGGAGCACAUCCGCCACACGGAAGCACCUUACAUCCCCGACGUCAGCUCACCCUCUGACACCUCCAACUUCGACGUUGACGACGACGUGCUGAAGAACCCGGAUGUGGUUCCCCUGGUGUCCCACACGGGCUUUUCUGGCCAGCACCUGCCUUUUGUGGGCUUUACCUACACCACGGAGAGCUGCUUCUCUGACUGCGGCAGCAUGCAGAGGGCGCUGACGGCAGCCAGCCCGGAGGGGGAGGUCCAGCGAGAUGGCGACGGCGGCCUGCAAGUGGAGGCUUUCGAGCGGCGCAUCAAGCGGCUGGAGCAGGAGAAGCUGGAGCUGAACCGCAAGCUGCAGGAAUCCACUCAGGCCGUGCUGUCACUCCAUGGGUCGACUCGCGGGGUCGGCACGCUCGGUAGAGACAAGGAGAUUAAGAAGCUGAACGAGGAGGUCGAGCGGCUGAAGAAGAAGCUGGCUGACUCUGAUCGACUGGAGCACCAGCUUGAGGAGGCAGUGACCCUCCGGCAGGACUAUGAAACAUCUUCCACCAAGCUGAAGGCCCUGGAAAAGCAGGUGAAAGCACUGAGACAAGAGAGGGAGGAGAACCAGAAGCAACUGGCCGACUCCCUAGAGCGACUCAAGUCGCAGACCAAGGAGCUGAAGGAGGUGCACCAGCAGCGCAAGCUGGCCCUGCAGGAGUCGCAGGAGCUGAGCGAUCGCGUCAGCGAGCUGCGCUCCCAGAAGCAGCGGCUCUCCCGCCAGCUGCGCGAUAAAGAGGAGGAGAUGGAGUCGCUCCUACAGAAGAUGGACGGCAUGCGCCAGGAGAUUCGCCGGACAGAAAAGGCCCGCAAGGAGCUGGAGGCCCAGCUGGACGACACCAAGGCCGAGGCAUCGAAGGAGCGGAAGUUGCGUGAGCACAGCGAGACGUACUGCAAGCAGCUGGAGGGCGAGCUGGAGGUGCUCAAGGUGAAGCAGGGCAGCGGCCGGGCCAGCGUCCUCAGCCCGGAGAGCCAGCAGGAGCUGUCCAAGGUGCGGGCGGAGCUGGACCGGAAGGCGGUGUUGUAUGAGGAGGAGCUGGGCCGGCGAGAGGCCACCCACACCGCCGAGCUGAAGAGUUUGCACAAAGAGCUACGCGACUCAGAGAGCCAGCAGGUGGCGCUGCAGAAGGAGGUGCUGCAGCUGAAGGACAAGCUGGAGAAGGACAAGCGUGAGCGGCAGAGUGAGAUGGAGGAGGCGAUGAGGACUCUGAAGGAGAAGUACGAGCGCGAGAGGACCAUGCUGGGAGACGAUAACCGCAAGCUGACUGCAGAGACUGACCGGCUGUGCACAUUCGUGGACAAACUGACAGCCCAGAAUCGGCAGCUGGAGGAUGAGCUCCAGGAUCUGGCUGCUAAGAAGGAGAGUGUGGCCCACUGGGAGGCGCAGAUAGCAGAGAUCAUCCAGUGGGUUAGCGACGAGAAGGACGCCCGUGGUUACCUGCAAGCCCUAGCCUCCAAGAUGACGGAGGAGCUUGAAUCACUGCGCAGUUCCAACCUUGGCUCCCGACCCAUGGACCCCCUUUGGAAAGUACGGCGCAGUCAGAAGCUGGACAUGUCAGCUCGCCUCGAGCUGCAGUCGGCACUGGAUGCCGAAAUCCGGGCCAAGCAGCUGGUCCAGGAAGAGCUACGAAAGGUCAAGUCUUCCAACAUCUCCUUGGAAAGCAAACUUAAGGAUGCAGAAUCCAAGAACCGGGAGAUGGCUGACCAGUUGGAGACUAUGAAGAAGGACCUGGAGGACAGCCGGUCCCGGUCCGACAAAGGUUUAAAACUUCCACACUUCCAGGAUUCCAUCUUCGAGUACUUCAACACCUCCUCUCUUGGCCGUGACCUGACGUUCAGAACCAGCUCCAUCACUGAGGUCGAUUCUGCGCCCCAGAAGGCCGACGUCCCUCCUUCCCCCACGCCAGCUACAGAGCAAGACGAGCAAGACAAGCCCGUCCCUGCUGCACCCGUAGUCACCCCCUCUCUGUACCAGUCCUCGGCCCUGACCACCCCAAAGCUUUCUGAGAGCCUGAGCUCUGAAUCACGAGAUGUGACUAACGGUGGCGUCCCUGUGUGGCGUCCCUGUGUGCCCCAGCCCAAAGCUCACCAGCUGAGCAUCAAGACCUUCUCCAGCCCCACCCAGUGUACUCACUGCAGCUCCCUGAUGGUGGGUCUCAUUCGCCAGGGCUACGCCUGUGAAGUUUGCUCCUUCAUCUGUCACGUCUCCUGUAAGGACCAUGCCCCCCAGGUCUGCCCUAUUCCCCCGGAGCAGGCCAAGCGCCCUCUGGGCAUUGACGUGCAGCGGGGCAUUGGGACGGCCUACAAGGGCUUUGUCAGGAUUCCCAAACCUACAGGGGUGAAAAAGGGCUGGCAGCGAGCCUACGCCGUGGUGUGCGACUGCAAGCUCUUCCUAUACGACGUCCCCGAGGGCAAGUCCACUCAGCCGGUCAUGUUGGCUAGCCAGGUGCUGGACCUCAGAGAUGAGGAGUUUUCUGUGAGCUCCGUCUUGGCGUCGGACGUCAUCCACGCCACUCGAAAGGACGUCCCCUGUAUAUUCCGGGUGACGUCGUCGCUGUUGAGCUCGCCACAGCGCACGGCUUCGCUGCUGGUGCUGGCGGAGAGCGAAACGGAGAAGAGGAAGUGGGUGGGUAUCCUGGAGGGCCUUCAGACCAUCCUGAGCAAGAACAAGAUGAGGAACCGUGCCGUGCACGUGGCCCACGAGGCCUACGACAGCAGCCUGCCCGCCAUCAAGACCACCCUGUCCGCCAGCAUUGUGGACCGUGAGCGCAUUGCCCUGGGCACAGAGGAGGGCCUCUAUGUCGUGGAGGUUACCAGAGAUGUGAUUGUUCGGGCAGCCGACUGCAAGAAGGUCCACCAGAUCGAGCUGAUCCCCAAAGAGAAGAUGGUGGUCUUGCUAUGUGGCCGCAAUCGACACGUGCACCUCUACUCCUGGGGCGUGCUGGAGGGCGCCGAGUGCAACUUCGACAUGAAGCUGCCGGAGACCAGGGGCUGCCAGGCGCUGACCACGGGCACCCUACGACCCGGGGGGCCUGCCUGCCUGCUGGCCGCCGUCAAGCGGCAAGUGCUGUGCUACGAGGUGCCGCGCGCCAAGCAGCAAUGCCGCAGGCUGUGGGAAGUGCAGGCGCCGGGCCCGGUGCAGUGGCUGGGCAUCCUGCGCGAGCGACUCUGCGUGGGCUAUCCAUCCGGCUUUGCCUUGCUCGGCCUGCAGGGGGAGUCGUCGCCCGUCAGCCUGGUGGGCCCCACCGACCCGUCGCUGUCCUUCCUCAGCCAGCAGCCUCUGGACGCCCUGCACGCGGCGGAGGUGGGAGCAAAUGAGUUCCUGCUCUGCUUCAGCCUGCUGGGCAUCUACGUGGACCUGCAGGGCCGCCGCUCCCGCGUCCAGGAGCUGAUGUGGCCGGCUACACCAGUCGCCUGCAGCUCGAAUCUGUCCUACUUGACGGUCUACAGCGAUUAUGGCGUCGAUGUCUUCGAUGUCAACACCAUGGAAUGGGUCCAAACCAUAUCUUUAAGAAAGAUCCGCCCCCUGAACGUGGAGGGCAGCUUGAAUCUGCUGGUAUCUGAGCAGCCUCGCCUUGUGUACUUCAGUAACAGCUCAACAGAGGCCUCAGACCUGGCCGUGCCCGAGACGUUCGACAACAGCAGGAAGCUGAUGGUGAGGACGCGCAGCAAGAGGAAGUUCCUGUUCAAAGUUCCUGAGGAGGAGAGACUUCAGCAGAGGAGGGAGAUGCUUAGAGACCCAGAGCUGCGGUCCAAGAUGAUCUCCAAGCCCACCAACUUCAACCACGUGGCCCACAUGGGCCCUGGAGAUGGCAUGCAGGUUCUGAUGGACCUGCCGCUGCAGAGUGAGAUCCCCUCCCCUUCAUCCUCUCGACACCAUGCCCUGAUAUCUCCUCCAACCAACUUUGAGCACGUCUAUCACAUGAGCCCUAUCUCUGCCGAAAUAUAUCUCCAGAAAGAGCCUUCCUCACUGCACGGCCUGUCCCAGCUCUCCUCCUCUUCCUCCUCUCCUUCCACCUCCUCCUUAGGAAGGAGUGUUGUCCCAACCUCCCAGGAGGAUUCUGGGAAGGACAGGGUGCGUCCUGCCUCCAGCAUCUCUCGCUCACAGAAGAAUAAGACUUAUACACAAACUGCCUCAGGGGGCGGGGACUUCAGUGGUGCUGGAUUGUCCCGCCAUAUCUCAGACCCUGACCAGGACUUCGAAAGAGAGCCUGACUCCGACUCCACCAAGCACUCAACCCCUUCCAACAGCUCCAACCCCAGCAGCCCCCCAAGCCCCAACUCACCCCACCGCAGUCAGCUCACUCUGGACGGGCUUGACCACACCACCUUCGACGCCUGAUGCCACCUCCCAACCCCUCUACCCAUAUUCAACUUUUGUUGCUGCGAAGUGCCAAGAAUAGAUUCUCUGUUCUCUUGCUCUCUCGACUUUCAGAGGCUCUCCAGUCCAGUUUAAUUUCAUGUUUCCCUAACUCCUUAUUCAAGAUGGUCACUCGAUGUUAACCUUGCCCCUCCCCCUCCGCAAAUCAAGCCCAACCAAAAAUUGGCGGCAAUUUUUUUUCCCCCUAUUUCUUUUCUCUCUGACCAGAAAACAAACUUAAAAACCAAGGGAAGCCUGAAGUCUUUUCAUGUAAAAACAAAAUGCUUAAUUUUUUAUGUCACUCUGUGAAAAGGAUGUUGUUAAUGUGGGACAUUAAUUCCCCGUAAAGGGCCUGGGUGAUUUUAGCUCACUGUGCUGAAAUGUCGCGGAUGAUUUGAGCCAGGAUUGUCCUUGGUCUGUAUGUGAAAUGGCGCCCUCUGAUGGUACAUAGGGCAUAUAUCAGCUUCAGGGUAAAAUGUCCAUUCUGUCAAUAGAUGAUUACAGAUAUUUUUUACCCACAAGAAGUUUAUUUUAUUUUAUUUUAUUUUUUUUUUCUUAUUUGAUAGAUUUAAUAUUGCUGAGAUGGAGAUUUGUGUGGGGAUCUUUUGAGGGAGGCAAAAUAAAAUACUAAAGAUGACACUAAUGUUCAAUAUGUUUGUAUUUCAGAAAAAGGAAAAGAGAGGCUUUUGUUUAAUGUACAGUAUAUGUAUGAAGAUGUUAAGAGCAUUACAUGGCUGGAAGGGAGAUGAGCUUUUCUCAGGAGCUGGGAGGUGGUUUCUUUGAUGCGUGGCAUCCCGCUUUUGAUUGAACGGGGGCAGGCUGACGCAAAGCGCAUGCAUGAUGGCCACGUCACGGUUGAGGUAAUGCGGCUCCUGUGGGCAUCCCAAGUCUGUAAGUGAAGCUUUUUAGUGUUUCAAGACUCGAGCCCUGACCUCUGCAGCAGUUCUACUUGUAGGUGAAACACUGCAUAUUAAAUGACAGAUGAAAAUGGCUGUUAAAAACGAAUAAAAUCUAGCAGCGAUAUCUCAGAAUAUAGACAGGAGUUCUCAUAGGAAUUGCUACAGUUCAUAUUACUGCUGCUUAUUUUAAUUGAUAUGUAAGGAAAUGCAUGAAGAUCCCACUUACCGGCUCCACUCUUGUUGUAUUAGUCACUUAGGAACAGUGUUGAACAUACAUGCUAGCUCCUGUCCUCAUUGCCGCCAGUUAUUCCGCCUGUCCACCAGGUGGUGCUGUUUUGUGUAUAUUUUAAUCAGUGUAUUAUAAAUUUGAAUCCAGAUGUUUGUGAGUACAGACAUGUAAUUAAAGGCCAUGGUUGGCAUAUCAAGUUUGUCACUCUAGUGUGCCUUCAGUGCCAUUUUAUAAGACUGUAUGACAUCAGUUCUAUACUUGCAUAUAUCUUAACAUUACGGGCUAAUAGUGACACUGCAAAUGGUGGUGUGUUUGUUUUCUGUUUCAGAAACACUGUAUCAAACUUGCACAUUUCUUUUAGUUUAAGAAAACCUUGAUUUUAUGUAAACUUAAUACCCAUCACUGUAAUCUGCCCAGGUUUUAUCCCCCCCCCCCUCUCUGUUCAGUCUCUGAAAAUGACUCCAUUUGUUAAAAUACUACUGAUUUUUUUAAAAUCACAUGUUGAAACCUUUGUAAUUAUUGAGUUGUGAUCAAGUAUUUGAGCAGGCAAUAAAAAAAGAGGGAGGUACCUUA